GCGAGUCUGCGAGCGGCAGGGCAGGGCCGGCUCCGCGCUCCGGGCUCCGCGCUCCGGGCACCGCGCUCCGCGCUCCGGGCACCGGGCAUGGAGCGGCUGCUCGCCCUGCUCGCCGUGCUGCAGGGGCUGCGCCCGGGCCGGGCAGCCGUGCCCGUGGAUGUGCUGCGGACCCUGGGCGUGCAGCAUGGCCGCGAGGGCAUCUCCGUCACCGCCGGGAUCUGCGCUCAGCGCCUGGGGACCGCGGACCCCGACUUUGCCUUCCGCGUGGACAACCGCACCCAGCUCAGCGCGCCCACGAGGCAGCUCUUCCCAGACGGCCCCUUCCCGGAGGACUUCUCCAUCCUGGCCACGGUGCGCGCCCGGCGAGGCGGGCAGGCCUUUCUGCUCUCCAUCUACGACGAGCGGGGCGUGCAGCAGCUGGGCCUGGAGAUCGGCCUCUCGCCCGUCUUCCUCUACGAGGACCAGGACGGGCAGCCGGCACCGGAGCAGUACCCCGUCUUCCGCAAGGUGAACCUGGCCGACGGCAGGUGGCACCGCGUGGCGCUGGCCGUGGAGGGCAGGAACGUGUCCUUGCUGGUGGACUGCCACCUCCUCGUGACGCUGCCCCUGGAGCGGGGCCCCCAGCCCGUCAUCAGCACCGAGGGGGUGACGCUCUUCGGGGCUCGCCUCCUGGACGAGGAGGUGUUCGAGGGCGACGUCCAGCAGCUGCUGAUCGUGGCCGACCCCGCGGCUGCCCACUCCUACUGCCAGCUCUACAUGCCGGGCUGCGACCAGGCCCUGCUCUACCCGCUCGCGGACCCCUUUCCCGAGGAGAACGGCCCCGAGGCCACCGCUGCCCCGCGCCGGAAGGGCAGGAAGGGCAAGGGGAAAGGCAAGCGCAAGGGCAAGGGCAAGAAGAGGAGGAACAAGGAGCUGCAGGAGCAGCAGGAGCCCUCGGUGCCCUCGGCCGCGGACGGCCAGGCCAGCACGGCCGCGCCGACCCGCUCCGCGGAGGAGAGCACCCUCGCCGCAGCCGCCUGGAGCCCCGCCGGCACCGGUGCCCCGAACCGCACCGACCCCCAGGAGGACACGGGCGAGGAGUCUGUGCUGCUGGAGACCCACAGCGCGGAGCUGCCGCCGGGCUUCGAGGACGAGGACGAGGGGGAUCCCGUGCACUGGGGGGGCUCCGGCCCGGCCGUGCGGCAGGCGGUGGAGGUCCAGGCUCCCCAGGAGCCCGGCCUGAAGGGCGAGAAGGGCGAACCGGCCGUCGUGGAGCCGGGCUGGCGCUUCGAGGGGCCGCCGGGACCCCCGGGCCCUGCGGGGCAGCCGGGUCCCCGGGGGCCGCCGGGGCCGCCAGGGCUGCCGGGGGACCCCGGAGAGCAGGGCCCCGCGGGGCGGCCGGGGCUGCCAGGAGCCGACGGGAUCCGUGGCCCGGCUGGGACCACGCUCAUGCUGCCGUUCCAGUUCGGCGGCGACUCCCUCAAGGGCCCCACCGUCUCCUUCCAAGAAGCCCAGGCCCAGGCGAUCCUGCAGCAGGCCAAGCUCGCCAUGAAGGGCCCCCCGGGCCCCAUGGGGCUGACCGGCCGCCCGGGACUGCUGGGUCUCCCCGGACACCCCGGCCUCAAAGGGGACGCAGGCGACGUGGGGCCGCAGGGUCCCCGGGGGCCGCAGGGGCCGCCAGGGCCGGCGGGGAAGCUGGGCCGGCGGGGCCGCGCGGGAGCGGACGGCGCCAGGGGCCUCCCCGGAGAAACCGGACCCAAGGGUGACAGAGGCUUCGACGGGCUGCCGGGGCUGCCGGGCGAGAAGGGCCACCGGGGCGACGUGGGGCCGCCGGGGCCGCCGGGCCCCCCCGGAGACCGAGGCGCCAAGGGCCCGGACGGGCUCCCGGGACCCCGCGGGCAGCCUGGGGAACCUGGCGUGCGAGGUCUCGUCGGCUCGCGUGGCUCCCCCGGACCGCCGGGACCGCUGGGCGCCGGCGGCAUCGACGGAGCACCCGGGCCCGAGGGCAGCACGGGGAUCCACGGGGAGCCGGGCCCACCCGGACAGCAGGGCAACCCUGGUCCGCAGGGGCUGCCUGGCCCCCAGGGUCCCGUGGGGCUGCCGGGGGAGAAGGGCUCGCCGGGGAAGCCGGGGAUACAGGGCGUCGCCGGGGCCGACGGGCCCCCGGGUCACCCCGGCCGAGAGGGGCCCGCCGGAGAGAAGGGUCUCCAGGGCUCUGCGGGCGCCUCCGGCCCCAUCGGCUAUCCGGGACCCCGCGGGGUGAAGGGAGCUUUCGGCGUGCGCGGCCUGAAGGGCAGCAAAGGCGAGACGGGAGAAGAUGGAUUCCCCGGCUUCAAGGGGGACAUGGGUCCGAAGGGUGACAGGGGGGACCAGGGCCCGCUGGGCCCCCGGGGCGAGGACGGCCCCGAGGGGCUGAAGGGGCAGACGGGCUCCGUGGGCGAACCGGGCGCUCCCGGCCCCGCCGGAGAGAAGGGCAAGCUGGGCGUGCCGGGCCUCCCAGGCUACCCCGGACGCCAGGGCCCCAAGGGCUCCGCUGGCUUCCAGGGUCCCGUGGGGCUGGCGGGAGAGAAAGGCAAGAGGGGCAAGGCCGGCCAGGCUGGGCAGACGGGACAGCGAGGACCCCCGGGCCCGCCGGGGGAGCGCGGCCUGCCCGGCGCCACGGGGACCCCCGGCCCAAAGGGCGAUCCUGGCCACGACGGGGCCCCCGGCGCGGUGGGGGAGAAGGGCCCCCAGGGUCCGCAGGGCCCCAGCGGCUUCCCCGGCACCAAAGGGCCCCCCGGCCCCGCCGGGAAGGACGGCUUGCCGGGACACCCGGGGCAGCGCGGCGAGCCGGGCUUCCACGGCAAAACCGGCCCCCCGGGCCCCACCGGGGUGGUGGGACCCCAGGGUAAAUCGGGUGAGACCGGGCCCGUGGGAGAGAGGGGGCACCCAGGCCCCCCCGGUCCCCCGGGGGAGCAGGGGCUGCCCGGAGCCGCUGGCCGAGAAGGAGCCAAGGGCGACCCUGGCCCAGCUGGCAUCCCCGGCAAGAACGGCCCCCCGGGCAUCCACGGCUUUCCGGGCACACGGGGCGCGCCGGGAGAGACGGGUCCACCCGGCCUGAAGGGUGGGGAAGGGCCCCCCGGUCCCCCUGGGCCCACAGGUUCCCCCGGCGAGCGAGGCCCCACGGGGGCAGCUGGAGGCAUUGGACUGCCGGGCCGUGGGGGUGCACAGGGCCCCCCCGGCCCCACCGGAGAGAAGGGCUCCCCGGGCGAGAGGGGCCCGGUGGGCCCAGCCGGACACGAUGGCAUCCAGGGCCCUGUGGGGCUGCCGGGCCCAGGCGGCCCCCCCGGCCCGGCUGGAGAAGACGGCGACAAGGGCGAGAUCGGGCUGCCGGGGCAGAAGGGCAGCAAAGGCGACAAGGGCGAGGCGGGCCCGCCGGGACCCACAGGGAUCCAGGGGCCUCUCGGGCACCCCGGCCCCGCGGGGGCGGACGGGGAGCCCGGGCGCCGCGGGCAGCAGGGGAUGUUUGGGCAGAAAGGAGACGAGGGCUCGCGGGGGCACCCCGGCCUCAGCGGCCCCCCGGGCCUGCAGGGCAUGCCGGGCCCGCCGGGCGAGAAGGGGGAGAACGGCGACGUCGGCCCCAUGGGCCCCCCCGGCGCGCCGGGACCACGCGGGCCGCAAGGGCCCAGCGGCGCAGAGGGCCCCCAGGGAAUGCCGGGCGGCGUGGGACAGCCCGGCGCUGUGGGAGAGAAGGGUGAGCUGGGAGAAGCAGGAGACCCUGGAGCCGCGGGGGAGCCCGGCCCACCCGGUGUGAAAGGGGACGUGGGGGAGAAGGGAGACGCGGGACAAUCGGGAGCGGCGGGGCCCCCUGGCAAGAAGGGGCCCCCAGGAGAGGAUGGAACCAAAGGCAACUUGGGCCCCAUCGGCUUCCCUGGUGAUCCCGGCCCCCCCGGAGACCCCGGCGUGCCGGGUCUGGACGGCGUUGCUGGAGAGAAGGGCGACGGCGGGGACCCCGGCCUGCCGGGCCCCCCCGGUGCGUCAGGGGAGCCAGGCCCCCCCGGGCCCCCUGGACGGAGGGGGCCGCUGGGGCCAGCUGGGCGAGAGGGCCGUCAGGGCGAAAAGGGUGCCAAGGGCCAGCCCGGCACGGAGGGGCCGCCCGGGAAGAUGGGUCCCGUGGGGGCGCAGGGCCCCCCGGGGCGGCCCGGCUCCGAAGGUCUCCGCGGGAUCCCUGGUCCGGCCGGCGAGCAAGGUCUGCUGGGAGCCCCAGGACAAGCGGGACCACCCGGCCCCCUGGGCCCCAUGGGUUUGCCUGGCCUCAAGGGAGACCCUGGCCACAAGGGAGACAAGGGCCAUGCUGGGCUCAUCGGGCUCAUUGGACCUCCGGGAGAGAUGGGGGAGAAAGGAGACCAGGGGCUGCCGGGCAUCCAGGGCCCCCCAGGACCCAAGGGAGACCCUGGUUUGGCUGGACCCACAGGUCCCACCGGCCCCCCGGGGCCCCCCGGCCUCUCGGGACCCUUGGGCCAGAAGGGCUCCAAAGGCUCGCCGGGCGCGCUGGGCCCCAGAGGUGACACGGGCCCCCCUGGGCCCCCAGGGCCACCGGGCCUCCCGGCUGAGCUGCUGGAGCCUCUUCCCUCGAGCAGGGCCAGGAAGCGCCGGCGGGCCGCGGAGGGGGCUCCGGGGGAGCAGGCAGCCCCCGCAGACUACCAGGGGCUGGAGGAGGUGUACGCCUCGCUCAGCUCCCUGCGCACUGAGGUCGAGCAGCUGAGACGGCCCCUGGGCACCCACGAGAGCCCCGCUCGCGUCUGCAAGGAGCUGCAGCUGUGCCACCCCCACCUCAAGGACGGCGAGUACUGGAUCGACCCCAACCAGGGCUGCUCCCGAGAUGCCUUCCGGGUUUUCUGUAAUUUCACAGCUGGCGGCGAGACCUGUCUCUUCCCCGAUAAGAAGUUUGAGGCCGUCCGACUUGCCGCCUGGAACAGGGAGAAGCCGGGAACGUGGUACAGCACCUUCAAGAGGGGCAAAAAGUUCUCCUACGUGGACGCGGACGGGAACGGGGUGCCCGUGACCCAGCUCACCUUCCUGCGUCUCCUGAGCGCCAGCGCCCGCCAGAACUUCACGCUGAACUGCCAGAACGCGGCCGCCUGGUACGACGCCGGCGCCAGCACCUUCGCCCGCGCCCUGCGCUUCCGCGGGGCCAACGACGAGGAGCUGGGGCACGGCCACCCUGCCACCCCCGUCCGGGCUCUCCGCGACGGCUGCCAGGGACGCCGGGGCCAAGAGCGGACGGUGAUGGAGGUGACCUCGUCCCGCGUCGAGCGGCUGCCCCUGACGGACGUGGCCGUGGCCGACUUCGGAGACGCCAACCAGAAGUUUGGCUUCGAGCUGGGCCCCGUGUGCUUCCUGGGCUGAGCACGGCCCCAGACGGCGCGCGGGCCGGGGGCUCCGGGGGCCUCUGCCGCCUCUCACGCCGGGGACAGUGACCCAGUGCCUGCCCUGGCACACUCAGGACCCGGAGCUGCCGCCGCACGCCCCGCUCCUGCCCGCGCGGCCCCCCUUAUUUAUACUGCCGGCUCCGGGGGGGUGAGCUGGGGCAGGGCGCCCGGACUGCAGGGAGCGGGCGCGAGCCGGCGCCCUCCCCGUGGUGCUAUGA